CAGAGUUAUUGAGACGCAUGUCUCAGCCAGACCUGAACUGACUCAAGCAUACAUUCACAAUGUACAAGUCUUUAGCUUUGUGUUUGUGCCUGUGUUUAGCGCUUUUAGCAGCUGAGGGAAAACGAGAAAGAGGAAGAGGAGAGAGACAGAGGAGCUCCAGGCGCUUCUUGUCCGCUGAGGAUGCGCUUGAGUAUGAUAACCCUUUCCUUCCUGGGCGUAGCAGCCAGUGCUUGGUGAAUGGGAUUUCUCUGUUCGAGGGGGCUGUCUGGUCUCCGGAGCCUUGCAGUGUGUGCCAGUGUAAAGGUGGAGCAGCGAGCUGUCGAAACGUCCCCUGCCCGGCCAGAGCUUCACCCACCCUGAAGUCUGUGGCCAGUAAGACCAAUCCAAACUCUGUGGGGAAAACAAGCUUGAAAAACAGACUGACAGGGAAUGGAAAACCACCUGUGGGGAUGGAGGUUCUGGAGGUGAAACCAAAGAAGAACAAGAUGGCGGUUACACCAGCGAAAGAACCAUCCUUAAAUGUCCCCAAGAAGCAAGUAAAGAAAAACCAGGUGACUUUGAGUCUGGAUCCUAGAAAAUUGCAUAAGACCCCUUUAAUACCCAGAGAACAUCAAUAUAUGAGACCAAUCCAUUUUGAUAAUGAUGACCACGAUGAUGACGACUAUCUGGAGGACGACAGUGACAGCGAUGAUGAUGACGAUGAUAACAGCAGUAUUUCAGUGUUCAGAUCUGCUGUUCGGCCUGUAGCAAUCGAAAGACGAGUGAUGCCGCCCACACUCAAACCCUCUGUACCACGAGCAGAACCGGCCUUUGCUCUUCCUACAAGAAGAUCUGUGCUCCUGCCUGCUGGAAGGCCGCUGCCAGCCCCCAGUGGGCGACCGGUGGAUCGAGAUAUUGGCCGUCCAGUCUUCCACACCUCUGUUCAUAUGGAGUCUCUUCCAGCAGGCUGCUUGCUUUCAGAGUCUCUUAUCGCCUGUGGAAACACUCGCCUUACCCAAAUACCCUUCAUCAGAGAUCCAGGGGUCAAGAGUCUCUUUCUUGCAGAUAACAAAAUCAGCAAGAUCCCAGCGGAUGCUCUGGCAGGUCUUCCCAACUUAGAGUGGCUCGACCUCAGCAAGAACAAGCUGGAUGAUUUCUCUUUGGGACUGGAUGUGUUUCAGAACUUGACGAGGCUCAGGAGGUUAAACCUUGACGGAAACAACUUCACUAAAGUGCCGGCUCUCCCUCCAUCACUGGUGGAGCUGAAGAUCAACGAUAAUAAACUCAGUGGUCUCACUCCCCACAGCUUUAAGGGUCUGUCACAGUUGCUGACACUGGAGUUGGAGGAUAAUUAUUUCCACGAUGGAAAUGUCUCUCCUUUGGCCUUCAAACCUCUGAAGAGACUGAUUUACCUCAGGCUGGAUGACAAUAAAUUCAGAGCUAUUCCCUCUGGUCUGCCUGUAUCCGUACAGGAGCUGCAUCUGUCUGACAACAAGAUAGAGGUUGUCCAUUCAGGGCUCCUCAACAAGACCACAAAUCUGAGAGUCCUGAACCUCAGCCAUAACCGAAUCCGAGAGGACCGCAUUCAUCCAAGAGCAUGGAUACACUUGCUAAAACUGGAGUAUUUGGACCUUUCCCAUAAUAAGCUUGUUCACGUUCCCUCUUUCUUGCCGGCUGGUCUGCGGCAACUCAUCUUGCAUCAUAACCAAAUUGAGCGCAUUCCUGGCUAUGUGUUCGGCCACCUGCGGCCUGGUCUGGAUUCGCUUCAGCUGUCUUACAACCGUCUGCGUGAAGACGGGAUAAAUGAAGUGUCCUUCAUGGGCUUGUACAACUUACUGACUGAACUUUUGUUGGACCAUAAUCAGCUCAGGUCCAUCCCACGAGGCAUUCUACAGUUAAAGGCUCUGCAGCACUUGACACUCAACCACAACUACAUCAGCUACAUCACUAUGAACUCAUUGUGUGACAUCACGGCCCGUGAGGACUCCCCGCUAGUCUCUGUUCACUUGGAGUACAACCUGAUCGACCGCCGCCUCAUUCCCCCCACAGCCUUCUCCUGCAUCAAAACCUACCAGAGCGUCCUUCUGCGGCCACAGAGAUACGAAGAGCACCAGAAAUGAAGCCUUGGAGCUUUGAGUUUACAGAGCAUCUUUAAUCAAGCCAUAAUUCAGAGAUUUAAGUGAAGUAACAAUACAAAUGCUGUUCCCUUUUUUACACUAGAGGCCUUUCAUUUUGUGUUCGUUGUGUUUUAGGGAUGUUCUGACAGUCUCAAUGGGGCCACACAUGCACAUGCAUUUUUUUGUGCCUUACUGCAAUUAAAAUCUACUGUUGUUUGACAUUAGCAUCAGCUGUGUUCAAUGUUUAUAACAGAUUUGCAGGGGUCUGUUUAGCACAGAUUUACAUUUACAUGUAGCAUCUUUUCUGUCUGUUGUAGUUGUUUUACAUUAUCUUAUUGUUGUCUUUUACACCAGUAUGUCUGCAAUUUACAUUUUUUUUAUAAAUCAAACUUACAUGUGCAAAGAUUCCUUUCUUUUUUUUAAGUAUAUGCAAUAGUUAUUUUUUAUAUAUAUACUUAUACAUUAUUUAUUUUUUGAUUGAAAAGAAUAUCUAUCUAUCUAUCUAUCUUUUAUUUUAAAUACUGUUUAAAAUGGUUUUCAGUACCAGAAGGUUUUGACUUUUCCAAUUCAGUUUUGUGUUACUUUGUUGUCUGUAUGUUUGUGUUCUCUUAUUUACAAGCUACAAUAAAGUUGAGAGGUGAAAUAAUUCA